AUGGAUCCUGAUCCUGGAAAUGACUUUUCAAGCCAACGAAUACCUUCUGCACAUAUGCACACUUUCACAACAUCUCUGGAUGGCUUACAGAGACCUCCUCGAUUUUUUUUAUUUAAAAGCAGCGACAAAGAAUUGUCCGAAGUUAAAGCAUUAGCACAUUCAUUACAAUUUAAUGCUUUAACUAAUUUCUUGCUGAUAAACCCAGCAAUAUACUCAACAAUGUCACAAAUAUAUGUGCAGUUGGCAAUUGUGUUAUAG